AUGACUAUACUUACGGUUCCAGUUCCCCAGCGGGUGGAGGUCAUCAGCCAAGACGACUCUGAGUGGAGCACAUGGUUCAAUGUGGAUCACCCAGGGGGUCGUGGGGACUACGAGCAGCUGGAUGCCAUACGUUUCUACUACCGUGACCGUGUGUGUGAGCAGCCCUGGGCCUUGGAGGCACGUACCACCGACUGGAUCCCAGCACACAGCACUGGAGAGAAGGUCCAUUCUGACCCAGCACUGGGCUUCUGGUGUAACAAUGCUGAGCAGCCAGCUGGGAGGAACUGCUCCAACUACGCUGUGCGCUUCCUGUGCCCCAAAGGACACCCUGUAUCUGCAGUCCAGGCUUCAUGGGGUCCCUGGUCUGACUGGAGCCAUUGUCCUGCCCAGUGUGGCCAGGUGGCGGUACAGGUGCGCUCCAGGAGCUGUAAUUCCCACUCCCACCACUGGGAGCAGCAGUGCAGCGGUCUGACUGUGGAAGGCAGAGUAUGCAAGGGGCCAGAAUGCCCAGUGUGCACCCUUAAGUGUGGUAUGGGGCAGGUGAAUGCAGAGUGUGAAGCCUGCAUGUGUGAGGACCACCUUCUGCUGGGUUCCAUUCGCAGAGCUGGGGGGCUCCCUGCCCCCGGGGCUGCCAUCCUUCGGGAUGGCCCUGCCCCUCGACUGCUCACGCUUUCAGACCACAACGGCCACUUCCGCAUCCCGGGCAUCUGCCCCGACGGUAACACCACACUGGUGGUCCGGCUGCAGAAGCACGUACCUCUCUCCUUCGUCGUGCCUCAUACCAUGGCGCACACCUCUGUUUUCCACCUCAAACUAGACAGAGCAGAGAGGCUCCAAGUGGUGAAGAGUCCAGAGAAUAAGGUUCGACGACUGGGCCAGACGGCUGCUUUCUGCUGCAAGGUGUCUGGAUCACCGGAGCCUGAGCAUUACCAAUGGUUCCACAACGGCACUCUGCUGGACCAGAAGCAGCUGAAGUAUGACAGCACGCUAGUGCUGAGGAACCUGCGCAUGGAGCAGGCCGGGGUGUACUACUGCAAGGCCAGCAAUGAGGGUGGUGCCAUCAAGUCCAAGCCAGCCAUGCUCACAGUCAUAGGUGCUGAAACACCUUCCUGCAACCCUAAGCCUAAAUCCUAUCUGAUCCGCCUUCCACAUGACUGCUACCAGAACACAACCAAUUCAUUCUACUAUGAUGUGGGAAAAUGCUCUACGGCAGCAUGUGUGGGCCAACUGGACAGUGGCAUUCGAUGCCAAGACUCUGUGCAAUUCUGCUGUGGGGUGGCAAAGUUGGAAGAGAAGCAGAUAUCUUGCCAAGGUUAUAAGCUUCCCAUCAUGGUGACCAUGCAGUGCGGCUGCCAAAAGUGUGUAGACAUGAAGGCCCUUGUGCGUGGACGGGCUGUGGCUGCAGACAAUGGGGAGCCUAUGAGAUUUGGGCACAUCUUCAUGAACGGCAUCAGAGUGAGUCGCACAGGCUACAAGGGGACCUUCUACAUCCAGGUUCCCUCCAACACAGAGAGGCUGGUUCUCACCUUUGUGGACCACAUGCAGAAAUUCAUGAACACCACUAAGGUGCUACCAUUCAACCAUAAAGGCGGAGCCAUUUACCAUGUGGUAAAGCUGCUGAGGAAGAAGGAACCGGUGACUCUGCGCUCGACAGAGACCAACAUGCUCUCGCUGGGAGAGGUAGAGUCUCAGGACCCUGUUGCUCAUAUCCAAAUCCCACCUGGUUCCUUCUAUCGUGAGAAUGGAGAGGUGUUCAUGGGCAACGUGAAAGCCAGUGUCACUUUCCUGGAUUCUAGAGAUCUUUCCACGGCAGCUGCUGCACCAAGUGACCUAAACUUCAUCGGUGAGGAAGGGGACAUGCUUCCUCUGAGGACCUAUGGGAUGUUCUCUUUGGAUUUCCACGAUGAUGACACAGGUGAACCUCUGAACGCAGGUGAGGUUAAAGUGCUCCUGGAUUCAACUCAGGUGAAGAUGCCUGAACACCUGAACACCAUGAAGCUGUGGUCCUUGAAUCCCAACACGGGCCUGUGGGAAGAAGAGGGGGACCUCCGCAUGGAGAAAAAGCAACGAGGCAAAAGAGAAGAGCGGACAUUCCUAAUUGGAAACAUGGAGAUCAGGGAAAGGAGGCUGUUUAACCUUGAUGUUCCAGAAAAUCGAAGGUGCUACAUGAAGGUCCGAACCUUUCGCAGUGAGCGGUUCACUCCCAGUGAGCAGGUGGAGGGCGUGGUGGUCACAUUGAUCAACAUGGAACCCUCAGCAGGCUAUUCAUCCAAUCCCCGUGCUUGGGGUCGCUUCGACAGUGUAAUUACUGGACCUAACGGUGCCUGCCUGCCUGCAUUCUGCGAUGAUCAGAAGGCAGAUGCAUACACUGCAUAUGUCAUGGCUAAUAUGGGUGGGGAGGAGCUUGAGGCAGUUGCAUCUUCUCCUAAAUUCAAUCCCAAUACUAUUGGAGUCCCUCAGCCCUACCUUGGCAAGCUCAGUUACAGACGGACAGAUCAUGAAGAUCCCAGAGCGAAGAAGACAGCCUUCAGUGUCAAUGUAGCCAAGCCAAAUCCGAAUGCAGCUGAAGAAGGCAAUGGCCCCAUUUAUGCCUUUGACAAUCUCAAAGAGUGUGAGGAGGCCCCUUUCAGUUCAGGACACUUCCGUUUCUCCAGGGUGGAGGGAGAUCGGUACGAUUACAACACUGUUCCUUUCAAUGAGGAUGACCCAAUGAGCUGGACGGAGGACUAUCUGAGCUGGUGGCCCAAACCCAUGGAGUACAGAGCCUGCUACAUUAAAGUCAAAAUUAAUGGCCCUCAUGAGAUCAACGUGCGUUCCCGUAACAUGGGUGGCACCCACCCUAAGACUGUUGGUCAGUUGUAUGGGAUCCGAGACACCCGCAGCAUUCGUGACAUGGACCAGCCCACCGUCUCAGCUGUGUGCCUGGAGUUCAAAUGCAGUGGGAUGCUCUAUGAUCAAGACCGUGUGGACCGCACCCUGGUGACAGUGGUGCCCCAAGGCAGCUGUAAACGUGAUGGUGUGGGCCCCAUGCUGCAGGAAUACCUGGUCAACCAUCUCCCCCUUGCAGUGAAUAACGACACCAGCGAAUUCACCAUGCUAGCACCACUGGACCCACUGGGUCACAACUAUGGCAUCUACACUGUGACUGACCAGGACCCCCGUACAGCAAAGGAGAUCGCACUGGGGCGUUGCUUUGAUGGCACAUCUGACGGCUCCUCCCGAGUCAUGAAAAGCAAUGAGGGCGUUGCGCUCACCUUCACCUGUGUUGACCGGGAGGUGACCCUACAGAGUACCUUUCAGGCUCUCCAGAAUGCUCAAGGACCGGUCCUGGUCAGCGGUGUCCGAGAAAGCAGGAGGAACCGAAGGCAGAGGGGAGGGUCCGUUGCGCUUCGUAGCAGCCGCAGGCGCAGCGCCAGGAACCCCAAGGCUACUCUUGGCAGGGUCAGUGGCUGAGCUCCAGGGAGCUGCAUAGUGAUUCCAAACCCCAUAGACAGGAAGUACCGUAGCAAAUGCCUUGAACUUUCUUACAGUGCACGGUAUGUAUUUUAAGGGUGGGAAAAAAUU